AUGAUGUUGUCCACCCACUGCCACCACCCAUUGUCUCAAAAAACUCCUGUUUCUGAUAGAAGAAGAAAAGAAAAGGAAAAAGAAAAGAAAAGAAAGCUUUGAGCAAUGGAGGCAAUGAAGAUGAAUGUUUUGUUGGCCUUGGUUUUUGCCAUGUUGGUGAUGGCAGCAAGUGGGGUUUCAGCUGCUGAAGCACCUGCCCCAGGUCCUUCUUCUGAUGCCACCACCCUCUUUGUGCCAACGGCUUUUGCUUCCUUCAUUGCUUUUGCAUUUGCCAUUCUCUUCUAAUUCCUCAACCGUUGUGGUUGUCUGUUACAUAUGGGGUUCCAUUUGUGCAGAGGUUGUUGUGUUUUGUGUCUAAGGCUCUUUGUUCAACUCGCCUACGUCAGUAGUGGUUGGUCAUUACUCUCCUGUCACUAGAAUGGAGAAAUUUAAGACACACACAGGCUCUUUUGGUUGGGUUUUCUAUAUUAUUAUCAUUCAUAUUCUUAUGUAACACAUUCAUUCCUCCUCACUGUACUUUUUAUGGGUUGUGAUGAUAUAAUAUUAUUGUGAGUUGUUUCGUUU